AUAAAUUAGUGAUAGUAAAAAAUAACAUUCAUGAUAAUAAUUAUAUUUGUAUUAUAUUUCAAACCAUUCAUUUGUAAUUUGUGUACUUUGUUAUUUUCUAUGAUUUAUAAUUUGUUACAGUAUUUGACGUGCUCUAAUUUAUAGAAUUCAAUAUUUUUAUAUUUUUAUAAUAAGUAGCUAAUACAUAUUUUUUUUUUAUCAAGCUCAAACAUUUACUUAUAGAAAUAUUUUAUGGUAAGUUUGUGACUAUUUACAAUAGACUACUACAAAUAACAAUCAUAUAUGAAGCUAGACAUUUUCAUUAAAAUGUUCCAAUAUAACAUAAAUAUGAACAUUUCCAACAAUUAUCUCAUUUCAGUAAUGCAAACAAUGAAUUAUUUAGAUUUUAUUAUUUGAUAUUAUUUUAUACUAGGUAUCUAUUAAAGUUCUAUAUAGUACAUCAUCUAUAAAAUUAUUUUUUUUUUUAUGAAAAAUUUAACAAAAAAUUGUAUACAUUUAUGUGGAACUGAUUAGUCUAACCUAAAGGUACUAGAUUUUAAUUCUAUUUAUAAUUAUAAUAUUUACUAACUUUGUUGGCACAAUUUUUAAGUAAAUUAUUUUGGUGUGUUAAUAGAUAUUGUAUACAUUUUCAUUUUUUUAGUGUAAAAAAACAAAGUCUAAAUGGAAGAUUUUGAUGUACUUAGUUAUUGCCGUCAGCUACGUAGCUUAAAACCACCUCCAUAUGAAUGUCCAGUAGCUGAUUGUGACAAAGUAUAUACAAGUAUGACUGGUUUUCAAUAUCACCUUGCUCACAUUCAACAUAACAGUCCUAUACCCCCAUUGGAUUUGGGUGGAAAUGAACCAGCUAAACAAAUUGUUGCUGCUACUCCAGUUCCCAAUAAAGCCAAAAGUAUAAAUAAUUAAAAUAUUUUUUACAGAUAUUUAAAAUUCAUAAUUCUAUAAUACAGGUAAAAAAAAGAAAGGAAGAAGAGUAACAUUUACAACCCUUCCAAGAAUAAAUCAUCCUGAAAUUGUAGAACCAGUUACUCCUGUUCAUUUAUCAAAAACAUUAUGUGAAGUUGAAGUUUCUGAUAAUAAAGUUAUACGGUUUAAUGCUGAAGAUCAUUUACCACUUAUUUCAAAGGACGAAUACUUGAAACAAAAAAAAGAUAUUAAAACUCCCUAUAGAGUAUGUUAUUAUUUUAUAUUACUACCUAUAAUGUAAACCAUAUUUUAUUUGAUUUUUAGACAACUUCAAUUCUUUCUUCUUUAUCAAAAAGUAAAGAAGCCGUUCAAAAUUUACCACAAGCUGCAUUUAAAGAGGUUGAUAAUUAUGAUAUUCCUCAUGCUCCGCCCAUGCCCAAUUCAUAUAUAAGGUAUUUGAAACAAUAUAUAAUAUAAUAUAUAUAUAUAUAUAUAUAAUAUGCAUAAAUAACAUUUAAAUAUGUAUUAAUUCCUAUUUUCUUUGACCUCUACUCCGAUUUAUUUGAGGUUGGUAUUGAAAAUAUGUUUCGGUAUUAUUUUAUCUAGAUUUAUUGAAAAAUCAGUUGAAGAAUUGGAUACUGAGGUAGAAUAUGAUAUGGACGAAGAAGAUGCUGCCUGGCUACAAAUUAUGAAUGAACGGAGAGUAGAAUCAGGUUUGACAGAAAUAUCGAUUGAAUCUUUUGAGCUUUUAAUGGAUCGUUUAGAAAAAGAAUCAUAUUUUCUUGUGGUAUGUUAUUUAUUUUAUUGUUUAAAUUGUUGUUAAAUAAAAUUUUUACUUGUAAAUUAAUUAUUUAGCAAAUGAACAAAGAAAUAGAUAGUAGUUUGGCAGUUAUUGACGAUGAAGCUGUUUGUUCAAUAUGUUUGGAUGGAGAAUGUCAAAAUUCAAAUGUUAUUUUAUUUUGCGACAUGUGCAACCUUGCUGUCCAUCAAGAUUGCUAUGGUGUUCCGUAUAUACCCGAAGGACAAUGGCUAUGUCGGUAAGUGUUAAAUGAAGUAUUACAUUAUAUAGGAUAUAUAAAUUGGUUUACAUUGUUUGUAUACAUUUGUUUGAUGAAUUUUUAACUAAUAUAUUUCAUUUAAGUCGAUGUCUCCACUCGCCAUCAUGUAUGGUUGACUGUGUAUUAUGCCCCAACAAUUGUGGUGCAUUCAAGCAAACUGAUCGAGGAUUAUGGGCUCAUGUUGUUUGUGCACUGUGGAUACCAGAAGUUAGGUUUGCUAACACUGUAAGUCAAAUUGUAUAAAAAUAUUUGUUGAUAUUUAUUUUAAAAUAAUAUUUCUAAUUUGAUGUAUCUGAUAUAGGUUUUUUUAGAACCAAUAGACAGUGUUGAAACGAUUCCUACAGCUAGAUGGAAAUUAACGUGCUAUAUUUGUAAAGAGCGCGGGGUGGGUGCAUGUAUUCAAUGUCAUAAAACAAGUUGCUAUGCAGCAUUUCAUGUUACCUGUGCUCAACAAGCUGGCCUGUACAUGAAAAUGGAGACUAUAUCUAAUGAUAUUUCAUCAAUCGGUAAUCAUAUUUUUAAUUUAAUAAAUAUUUUUUUAAUAUUAAUUAUAAUUUUUAGGCGAUACUGAACCGGGUACAGUAUUAGUUCAAAAAAUUGCAUUUUGUGAUGCACAUUCACCUGCAGAUUAUUUAGCAGAAAGCCGUGGACGACAAUCGCCUGGGGAAAAAUUAAACAAUGCUAGACGAGUUUUAGCUAAAAAACGUUCUGCUGCCCCAGUUAUAUCAAUACCUACAAUACCACCUGAAAGGUAAAAUAUGUAUUAUUUUAAAAUUGUUUCAUCAUAACAUGUAAUUUAAAUUUUUUAGGGUUACAGAAAUAGCAAACUUGUUGUCUACACCAAAAAAAGGUCAGUUUGUACAACGUUUAAUUGCUUAUUGGACGCUGAAAAGACAUUUUAGGAAUGGAGUCCCACUUUUGCGACGUUUACAAACUAGUCAAACAUCUAAUGUAUCACGGCGUGAAGAACCAAUUGCUACAAAUGGAAACGAAGACGAUCUUGUAAGUCCUUGAAUUAGUAAUUUUGAAUAUAAUGAAUAACGAUUUGAAUAUAGGGAAAUAUUUUUUAAAUUAAGUUAACUGUACAUAAAACAAAGAUAAAUCAACAAAAUAUUUUUCACUUAAAUUAUUAUUCUUAAUUUUUUUUUUUUUUUGUAUUGACUGAAUAAAUAUAUGCAUUAUUUUCUUGUUAUGAGGAAAUAAUCUCUUCAUUAGUACUUUCAUUAUAAUAUAUAUAUAUAUAUAUAUACUAAUAUGUUUAGUACUAUUUUUAAAGGGGGACUGUUAAAAUUUACUCAUUUUAAGUAAAAGGAUUGUAAAUGGAUGUUAGUUUCUUACAAAAUACUUGAUAAAAAAUCAUGUUAAAUUUUUUUGUUUAAUUUUUAUUUAGUAUAUUGUCACUGAGUAAUACUUCCUUAUUUGAUAAUUUACAAAAAAUUAAAUUUUAAAAUAUUUGAAUUUGUUUGUCAUUGAGAAUUUUCAUAUAUCCAGAAAAUAUCAGUGUUUGAAUUGUUCAAUACAUAUAAUUAGGGCUAGAACUUAAUGAUCUAAAAUUCUUGAAAAAUAAAAAAAAAAAAAUAAUCAAUGCAUCAAAAAAUGACAUACAAAUUAAUAUUUUAUUUAAAUUAAAAAUAUAAUACUAAGAAUUUUUCAUCUUGCUUAAGAUAAAUAGUCUUUCUUUUUCUUAUUUUUUAUUUUUACUAAUUAAACUAAAAAUUAAAGAAAUUUAUAUUAAAAUUAGGUUCUUAAGCAUAUAAAUAUAAAAUUAUAAAUGUGUUCUUACCAUUAAAUUGUGUUAUAUUGAAUAAUAAAGUAUGGAUAAUAUUUCCAAACAAAAAAGCUCUGCAUUUGUCAGACAAGAGUUUUUAAACGCAGAAAGAAAAACUUUUUUCGCCUUUCACAGAUGUUAUUGGCGUAUAUUUAAAAUAAGUGAUGACGAUCUGCAGUCAUAUCCUCUGGCAGCCAUCUUUUGACAUUGUUUGUCCAUCCAAUAUAUUGUAAAUAAUUUGCAUUGUUUUAUUUUUUAUCCAAUAUUUUUUGUCAAAACAGUUUAAAAUUUAUUUUGAAUUUCACAAUUACAAUUUUUACAGUUAUAGAUCAGACUUAAAACAAAAAAAAAAUGCAAAAUGAAAUUUGUACCAUUGAAUUCUACAUGACAUAAAUCAAAUUUCUAUAAAAACGAGUCUCGAAUGUAAGCAUUAAAAUAAAAAAUGCAAAAGCAUCAAGUUCCGGACUUUACAUAUAAGUAAUAAGGACAGCAUCUCUUUUUGGAAGACCUCUUCAUGUCUUAACAUUUAUUUUAUAAUUUUAUAAUUUAUAUUCUUUACAAUAAAAUAUAUGGCUGUUAUCACAAUUAUCUACAGAUUUGAAUGAAAUAUAUUGUUCUGUACUUUGAAUAUUUGUAUAUGGUUGAACAAUUCCAAAAAGGUAGUGCUUGAUAUAAGCUCAACUUUUUCUGAAUCUAAAUGGCAAAUAAAUUAUAAACCAUCAAUUAUAUAGAAUUAUAGCAGUUUUAUAUAUUUGAACUUAUUUUCUUUCAUUUUAAAGACUGCCAUCCUGUGCAGAAAGCCUGUUUAAAUAAUUUGUGAGGUAGAGUUAAUAUUUUACAAUACAUUUUUUGAAUGAGUUGCAUUGAUUCGUAUAAAUAUAUUUAUGCAAUGCUGGUCAGAUAAAUUGGUUUGACUCUUGGUUCAUAUGUAUAUAUAAUUUUAAUAUUAUAAUUCUUGUAUGUUUUUGUAAUAAAAGAACUGUUUUUUAGUGUGUUAAAAAUUAUACUUAUUUGUGGUGGAUAUGAUUGGAUAAAAUUGAUGAAAUUAUUAGUUGUGAAUAUGUUACUGGCAAAAGUGUUGAAUAUAGAUAUUUUAUACCUUAAUUUAUUUGGCACUUUAUUAAUUUUUAAAGUUAUUUUAAAUUAUGUCUUGGCAAUAUAUACAAUUCCUAGGAUUUCUAUAGAAUGCCAUUGUUAUGUUAGAUAAAGUAUAAAGUAUAAAUAAUUUUAUGUAUAAAGUUUUAAAUUAAACAAGAAUAUGUUUAUUAUUUCAUUAUCUUACAUUUUUAUUAAUUUAUUGUUGCAUACAGAUGAUAUAACUUUCAGAAUUAUAUAAAAUAUUACACUAACACAUUUGUUGGUCUGAUGUUUUAUUUUACAUUUUUUUAUUAAAUAAAUGUUUGAAGUAUUCAAUAAUCGUGUAAUGUUAAAUUUUUUUUUUAUGAUCAUCUUUAAAAAGACAAAAUCUUCAUUUGUUUUAUCUACCUUUCUAACAGGUAAACAUAUAACAAAAAUGUGUCUUUGUAUAUCUAUUAGUACACAGGCCUUGUUAAUUACAUAGUUUUGAUUUUUGUGCCAUGACAUGAGAACUUGUACUGAUUAUUAAAUUGUAGAUUAUAGUUUGUUUUUAAUGUUUCUAUCAAAUCAAAUUGAUUUGUACUUGUAUUUGGAAAUUUUCCUUUAAAAAAAAAUCAUACAAAAUUGGCAAAUUUAGAUUUUUUUAAAAAAAAAGUUCUAUAGACAAUUAUUUAGUACAACUUCUGUUAUUUAUUUUUUCCACCAAAAUCGAGUUCACAAAUCUAUACUACUAAGUACGAAACCAUACCUUUGCUAUAUUGCCUUAACAACACUAAACAAACAGUGAUGGUAAAUGCAAGUUCCAUAUCCUCUUAAAGAAGUUUUAUCCGUAGGACAAAAUAUUUUCUGACCUAUUUAAUUUGGUAUAAAUAUUUUCUGACAUCUUUAUUCCAUAAUGAAUAUUGAAAUAAAAAAAGUGACUGAAUUUAAAUUAGGAAUUUUAUUGUAUAUUGAUUGUCUCCGUGAUGUAUUUUAUUUAUCAGUUGUAUUAAAUUUAUUUUUAUAUCAAUUCUGACAUAAUAAAUAACUUUCUUUUAAUUUAUGUUAUGACUAUUUUUGUUCAACAAUCACCAUUAAUCCUUAUUAGUUUAUUAGUAAAUGCAUUCAUUAAGAUAAACUAAAAAUAUAGAAUAUUUUAAUUGUAUACACUUCCUAUUGAAGUUUGUUAUUCUAUAGAAUAUCAAAUUAAACACUUUGCCAGUAGCAUAAAUACUAUCCACAGAUUUUAAGCUGACUUUCUACUGUAUUUUUUUUUUCUUUGUCUACUAGAUAUGAAAUUUGAUUAUAAAAGUAUAUAAAUUAAAUAGUAGUAAAUGAAUUGAUGAUUAAGUGAUUUUCUAAAAUACAAUAUUUUAUGCUAUAUGCAGGAAUGAACAGUAUUUAAGAUAAGUAUCUUAGAUACAUUUCAACCCUUAACAUUUUUUAACUGUAUGUAUCUGUAUGUAUGUAUAUAAAGAUACUUUUUUCUAUGAUGUAUCUUGUAUAUUUUUUUUUUGUGUGUGUGUGUGUGUAAAGAUAAAGAUACAAAUAAAAAUACAUUUUUCUAAAUUAGUCUUAUGUCAUUUCCAUAGCUGACUGAUGGAUUUACAAAAUUAGUGAAAAUAUGUUUUGUAAACUAAUUUUUAAGAUUCUGCAUUUCCUAGUUAAGUAAUAAUUAUUGUUGGAUUUGUUUUAAAAAAAUAUAUUAACAUAUAAAAUUGUUAACACAGAUUAUGGUGUAUUUCAUUAUUUGUAUCUUAUAUCUAAAGGUUAAAAAAAUAAAAGUGUCUAGUAAAUUUUUGAAAAUGUUUAAUUUAUCUAGUAUCUUGUAUCUUAUAUUUUGAAGUAUUUUGGCUUUAUGGAACUUUUACAACAUAAAUAUAUAAUAUACAAACUACCAGACUAAAACUACUUUUGAAAGUUUCGGGCUGCUAGUUACAGGAUUAAUAAAUUGUUAUUAUUAUUUUUAUAUAUUUAUGUAUUAUGUAUAUAAAUAUGAUAGAGUAAAAUUCUUAAGCCUGGUAAGAAUUUAGUCACAAAUCAUAUGGGUUAUGUUCUUCAUCAUCCUCUACCUAACAUUUCAUACUUUUCACUACAUGGUUUUUACCAGUUGAAUGUCGUUUAAAAAUCUCAAGGUUCUUUUCUUAAUCUAAUAUUUGCUAACUCUAUAGCUCUAUCUGUGCCAUGAGCCCAUGAUCUGCUGUUCCUCCUAAUGCUUAGUAUCCCUCCCCUAUCUCCUCUUGAUUUCAAUUGAUCAUAUUAUCUUAUCACAUGCCCUUGUCUAAAGAUUAUUCUCAAGCUGACUAUAACUGCAUAACUCACUUCUUUAAUUCAGUUAAUUGAGAACUCACUUUCUCUGUCUAUAACGCCAAUGAUGCCAUGGAAAUGCUUGUUGAUGUCAUUCACUCCUCUAAUUACUUUAUUCAUCAUUAGGUUACUGAUCAUCCUUUUGUUUCUUCUGCCUGGUUCAUUGUAAGGUGAGGUUCUGAGCUUAAACAUCUUUUUUAGUAAAUAUUAUUCUCACUCCAUAUUCAAAUCCACUGGCCUUUUAUGUGACUCAAAUUUUUUUUUCUCUUCUUUAAGUUCAAUUCAAAUUUUUGUCAAAAGUGUCACUAUAAUUUCAUCUCCUGCACUGAAUAUUGUUUUACAUGCAGUCCUUGUUCUUUUUCUUUUUGGUCCUUCUUACGAAAAUACCAUUCAUCAACACCAAUCCCCUUGCAAGUUAUUUACAAUGGAAUAUAUAAUACCAUCCCAAUUGAUACAGCUAAAGUCUAGAUAACCAUUUCUAAUGUUUCCAAGUUUUCGGCCUCUUUUUAAUCUGAGGUCUGUUGGACCUGAUGGUUUCCAGGGUCACUAUCUUUUCACUUUCACCAAUGUUCUUGCUUGGCCUCUUUCGCUCGUGUUUAGUAAAUCCCUUCAAGCUGGUAUUUUCCCAACUGCCUUUAAACUUAGUUUUGUUUUUAAAAUGGGGUAAUCCAAGAAAUGUGUCUAACUACUGGCCUAUUAAUAUUCUCCCACAUCUUUUUAAAUUUUUUGAAUCUAUCAUCCUUACUUACAUUUGUCCAUUUCUUAACAAUCAUGUUAUUGCGAACAGCAUGGCUUUUGGCUUGGCCGCUCAAUGACUUCAAUAUACAAUGUGGUCUUUACUAGCUAUGUCUGUGAUUUCUUCUCUUCAUAUUGUCAAGUAGAUGUAAAUGAUGUAAAGAUGUAAUGAUGGUGUUAUUUAUACUGAUUUUGCCAAAUCUUUUAACAAGGUUGAUUACACAUUAAUAAUUUUAUCAGUAAUGUUACAUUACUGAUCAAUUUGCUCAACCUCUUAGGAAUUCUACCUCACUGACCAUGUACUAUUUGUCUUUGUUUUGUGUUUCUCUUCUAAUGUCUUUUCUUCUUCUUUUAGUGUCCCCUACACACUUUCUUUUUGCUCGUUUUGAUAACUCUGUGUCUUCUCUUUAUAUAUAUAUAUAUAUAACUAUUUACAAUGGUCUAGAAAAUGGUAAAUCUAUACACUAGUAUGCAAAGUAUAGGACAAAUUGGUGCAGCCUUUUCAUUAGCUAUUUUGGUGUGACAGUUUCGGCGCUAGCAAUGUCAGCACGAGGUUAUUUCUGCACGGCAUGUUUUACUUUUAUGACCAGAUCUAUGUAUUUAUUAAAAAGAAAUAAUUCUAUAUGGUAUAUAACAAUAAUAAUACAUAAGGUAUAAUUGUUUAAUUUCCUGUAUCAUUAUAAAACAAAUUAAAUAAAAACAUUUUGUAUGAUUAAAAUUAAAUUUGUCAAAUACGUAUAUAAAAAUAUCUUGUACAAAAAUGUUACAACUACGAUUUGACAGUAUAAUAUUAGACAUUUUAUUCGGAUGAACACAACACUUUAAAUUUUAGUUAUGAACUAACUGAUUGGCUGGAUAAUACAUUGACUGACUAUUUUAUUUGAUUUAUCUUAAUUGCAUAAUUGCUUACUAGGGGUAUUUAAUAUUUCUUUAAUAAUUGAUAAAAAAAGGAUAUAUCUAAUAGCUAUUACUAAAUUCACUAUAAAUAAAUGUAUAAAUUGUAUAUAAUCACCACCUUGAAAUUACUCACGCCAAAAUGGCUGCUCCAAAAUAUCCGAUUUUCUUUAGCGUAUUUAUGUUUUAUACAUCUAUGAUUGGGCAUUUGUUUUAUGAUUAAUUUUAAAACUAUUUAAACAUAUGGCGAAAUAAACAGUAUUUAAAAAUAAUAAAAAUAUUUAAGUCAUAAAAAUAAAAAUACUCUAGAAUCACAAAAAUGCAUGUGAGUACACUAUUAUUAUAGUGUUGCUACCAUGAAGUGAUUCAUUUUAAAAUCUAUUUAUUUUCUAAGAUUAUUUAUCCUUAAAUAAAUAUUUAGCUUGAACUUUAUCGACAAUUAAAAUAUUGGCAAGCCCUUCGCCAGGACUUGGAAAGAGUUCGUUUACUUUGUGAACUUAUACGUAAAAGAGAACGUCUGAAAAAAGAGAAUAUCAAAGUGUAAGCAUUAAAUAUUAUUUUUUCCUUUAAGUUCUUAUAAUAACAUACAUUUUAUUUAAAGACAUGAACAAUAUACUUUAAAAUCGCUGUGGCCAUUCCAUGCUUUUUUACAUACAGUAUUACAACAGUUGAUUUCAAAAGAUACUGGUCAAAUAUUUAUUGAACCUGUUGAUCAAAAUGAAGUGCCUGAUUAUGGAGAUAUUGUGAAACAUCCAAUGGAUUUACAAACCAUGGAAUCAAAAAUAAAGAAAUUUGAAUAUGAUAGUCUUGAAGCAUUUGAAACUGAUUUCAAUUUGAUGAUAUCUAAUUGUUUGGCAUACAACUCAAAAGAAACCAUAUUUUAUAAGGCUGGUAUAAAAAUGAGAGAUCAAGUGAGUUCAUUCAUAUCAUAAUACUAUAUGUAAGUAUUUAAAUUUAUAAAAAUAAUAUUUUUAGGGUGGAACAGUUUUAAGAACUGCCAAACGAGAUCUUAAGGCUUUGGAAUUAGAUCCUAUUUCAAUGACUAUAGCUGAAAACAAAUCAGAAUUUUCUAAAACAACAGCUAAAAAUCUUAAUAACAAAACAAAUGAAGAUCUCAAAGAUGACAAAGGUAUAGAGUUUGAUGAUGAAUUAAAAGAGAUAUGUAAUCCGUCUAAUACUAUGGGUGAUGAUGAUCGUAUGUGUAAGCUUUUACAAUUAGCUGAUAAGUGUCGAGGUGGCCGACAAACUAAAAGAGCUCGUUUGAUAAAAACAGAAUUAACUAAACUUAGAGCCAAAAUUGAUAUGGAAGGGAGAAAAUCUGAAAAUGGUAAAUUUAUAAAUGUUUAAUAAAAUAAUUUCUAAAUAGUAAAUUGUUUUCAUAUUUUUAGAUGAAGUUGAAGAUGUUGAUGAGUCAAAAAAAAUUGAAGUUGAAAGAACUAGUUUAAAGAGAAAUGUUAAAAAGAAAAAUGAACAACCAAAUGAGAAUUUUGUUUUUAAAAAACCAGAAACUCCAUCAAAAUUAACAUCUCCAGUAAUGUAAGAAUUCAAGUAACAAAUUUCUAAAAUAACAGUAUAAUACUUUUAUUUUUUAUGUUUUACAUUUUUUUUGUUGUUCUUUAUUAUAAAAAAAUUAUUAAUAUCAUGUAUUUAUUCAUAUAGAACACCUAGGGUUUCUUUGCGUAAGAAAUCAUCAACAGAUCCAUUAGUUACAUCUCCUGUUAUUAGACGUACAAGACAAUCAACUAAUCUUGAAAGUUUCAAAGCAUACAGAUCAAGUGAGUUUUUAUGAUAUUUUAUAAACUCAUUAUUUAUUAUAUGCAUACAACUAAAUGACAACUGGGUUUGUAAACAAAUUUGAAAUAUUUAAUGAAUCAUUUUCUAUUUUAAACUUAGCUUAAUUUUUUAAUGUUUUUAAAUAAUUUUAAAAUAUUUAUAUUACGAGUAUUUUAUUUUCCCUGUGGGAUGGGAUCAGAAUACUUCCACACUACCUUUACUUGUUGUUAGAGGUGACAAAUGGGGUUAUGUUAGACAGCUAGCUGGUGAAGUAGUGUGAAACAGUAAGAAUUUUAAUGAAAAUAAAAGUAAGAGAAAAGAAGUGAAGAAGAAGACCAAAAAAGAGUUGGUUGGUUGAGAUUGAAAAUGAUAUGAGAACAGCAGAUAUAUGUGAGGUGAAAAUCUGGUCAAGUGGAAAUUUAGAAGAAGGGUGGCAAACUCCAAAUAGUUGGAAUGAUUGUGAAAGUGAAGAAGAAAAUUGAUUUAGUAUUUUAGUAAUAUUUAGAAAUUUUAAAUAUUUUUAUGAGUUACUUAUUAAGUAAGAAAAAUAGUUUUUAAAUAACUAAUAACACUUACGAUGUUAAAUACUUUAAUCUUUAUUUUAAUUUAUAUUUUUAAAAAAGAGCUGAUACUGCUAAUUGUUAUGUCAUUAUUGUAUGUGAGAAGUUGUAUAGAUUGGGUAUAUAAAGUUAUUUAAUUUACAUCUGUAAUGUAAUGAUAAAUCACUGCUAACAAAAUAUGAUUUUGAACAAAGUUUGUCUGUCUGUGUUUUGAAAUGCCAUAAUUUUUAUGAUUUUCUUCAAAAAAGUUAAUAUAAGUAUUCUGUGAAAAUAAGUCACUAUAAUAUUAUUUUUAACUGAGUUACAAAAUAAUAAUAAUUGUUAUUUCCAUACACUUUUUCGGUUUUUCCCUUUUAUUAAAAAAAUUACAAGGAAAAUCAAAAAACAGCUUCCCCAUUAAAAGCACUAAUUACAAAGAUAAAAUUAUUUACUUGAAUUUUGGAUCAAAAUUUCUAGUAGAAAAACUAAAUCAAAAGUUUUGAAAUUAAUUUGUUUGUUUUUCAUACAGGUACGUUUUUUUAAAUAAUUAUUAUAAAAACUGCUGAAAAACACAUAAAAUGAGACCCAAAUAGAUCCAAGAUGCUACAAAACAGCUUUACUGACAUUUUUUGAUUGGAGCACCAUUUCUGUUGUAAAAGUUAUUAAUAGACAGACAAAAAAAAUAAACACUUAUAAUGUAAAACCAAUAUAUUCCUCACUGCACUCAGAAUUUAAAAUAUUGUUUGUUUAUAUUAUAUACUCUGUGUAAACAUCAUGAGGUGGCCAUUCUAUAAUUUUCUAAGUUGUUUUCAUAAUAUUUGUAAAAAAUUUAUAGGGAAAACCGAAAAAUGUACAGCAAUAUAAUGUUCAUUAUUUUUCCAGAAUUUAUAAGAAAUCUUGCUUCGGAUUUCAAGAGUAGCAUAUUUUCUUAAAAAAAAGUAAUUAUUUUCUUAUUAACUUGGGGGGGGGGGGAAACGGGAAAAUUUACAAAUAUAAUGGUUGCUUUUGUUGUUAUUUGAAUAAAAAUAAUUGUAAAAAAACUUGACAUUUUUACAGAAUACUAAUCUAAUAUUGGGCUGUUCUAGUCAUGGUAAAGUUUUCUGGCCAUUUUUGAAUACUUUUUAGCUAUUAUACAUUUUCGAGUUUUUCAGUAGAUAAAAUGGUUUGUACUAAUCAUACAUUUUUGAACAUUUUAUGAGGUUCAUUAUUGGUUGUAUUUUGGUUUGUGAUAAAAACAAAAAGAAACUGAAAAUAAGUUAAAAUUUUAACAAAAAUCUUGAAAAUGACUGAAUUUCAAAACAUGUUUAGCUUAAACUUUGCUCAGAAACGUAUUUCAUCAUAAAUGAUUUAUUGUUGAACAAAAUAUAUAUAUAUAUGUAUACAGUGGAUUCCACUUAAUGUGAGCACAUUGGGACAAGUUACUUUUGCUCAUAUUAGGUGUUUGCCCAUUCAGACUAAGUAUCGUUAUUUAUUAAAAUCGGGACUAGACUAUUAUGUCCAUAUUAGAUGGUUGCCCACAUUCACUGGUGACCACAUUAAGUGGAAACCGCUGUAUAUAUAUAAUAGGGUGGUCCAAAUAUAUAUAGGAUUGAAAUUUUCUUGAGAAAUUAAAAAUGAGUACCCACCCUAUAUUUUUAAUUGCUAUGAAAAAAUAAUUUUGUGAAAAUAGGGAUUCGAUAACUCAUCCCUUUCCUGUACCGAAAUAGAGUUGAAUUAUGACAUAAGGGUGUUGUUUUUAAAUUUCUUUUAAUUAUUUCUAAUUAUUUUAGAUAAGUUUAUAUUUUGUUUAUUUAUAAACAGGAUACAACAAAAUAGGUUUUAUUUCAUUAUAAUAUUCAAUCUUUAGCUGAUUUUUAAAAAAUAAAAUUUGUUUUCAAAAACUGAAAAACAACCCCUUUAUUCAAGUUUUUUCAAUUAUUUAGAAAAAUAAAGCAUUUAGUGAAAAAAUUUUAAGUUUUAAAUUAUACAAAAUACUUUUAUAAUAAAUUCUAUUAAAAAAAUGAUCUAAUAAAAAAUUCUAUAUCAUAGAUUCUAAUCAUAUUUCAUAUAAAAAAAGUGGACAUAAUGAAAACAUUUUUAUUUUUUAAAAAUUUGUUUAAGAUAGAAUGUUAUAAUGAAAUAGGACCUAUUUUGCUGUAUUUUUUUAUAUAAAUAAAUAAAUAAAAAAUAAAAAAUAAAAAAUUUAAUUAUACAAAUACUUCAAAAUUAAUAGAAAAAAAAAAACUGAAAAACAACACCUUUGUGUCACAAUUCAACCCUAUUCAGCAAAGGAAGGGGAUGAGUAAUUGAGUUAGUAUUUUCAAACAGUAAUUUUUUCAAAAAAUGGUGGGAGAGGUACUUAUAUUGAAUUUUGUAAGAAAGUUUUUUUGGGUCCCCUAGUUAUAUACAUAAUUAAAUAACUAUUUAUAGUACGUUCCCAACCUCCUACUUAUAACAGUGAUAACAUCUGUAUCAAUUUUCUCUUUUUUGCUUAGAUAACUUAAAAUAUUUGAUAUUUUAUUAGUUUAAAUUUUUUUUAGGUAAGAAAACUGAUACAGAAGAUGAUUCUCCAUCAGAUGAAGAAUCAAGCUACUUGGAUUCUGGUUCUGAUUCUGGUAGUAGUAGUAACAGUAGUAGUAGUAGUAGUAGUGGGAGUGGAUCAUCUUCCCAUGGUGGUAGUUCUUCAUCAGGGAGUUCAUCAGAUUCGGAAUCAGAAAAAGAACAAAAGAAAAGAGAAAAAAAAGAUGAAUUUGCUCAAUUACAAUUGGUUUGGGCUAAGUGUAGAGGAUAUCCAUGGUAUCCUGCAUUGGUAAGAUAAGUAAAAAAAACAGUAUUAAAUGUAUUGCUAAUCAUUUUCUUUCAGAUAAUUGAUCCAAAUAUGCCACCAGGACAUUUGCAUAAUGGUAUACCGGUUCCAAAUCCCCCAUCAGAAGUUUUAAAUUUAUUAAGUAAUUACAAAGAACUUGUGUAUUUAGUAUUAUUUUUUGAUUCAAAACGUACAUGGUAAGUUAGUUUGUAAUAGCUAUAUAAUAAUUAUUUUUGUAUAAGCCUAAACAUUUUAAUUGAUUUUAUUAGGCAAUGGUUACCACGUGAUAAACUGGAGCCACUUGGUGUUACUCAGGAGCUAGAUGACAUUAAGCUAACACAGUCAAAAAAACCAACAGACCGUAAAUCAGUUCGCAAAGCCUAUAUGGAAGCUCUUGUUUACAAGACUGAUCCAAUAAUACCAUCUUCUAAUUUAAGGCGUUCAAGUAGAACAUAAUAUUAAUUUUAACUUUGUUCACUGACAAAUAAUUUUAAAUUAAAUUAAAAUUUUUUUUUUUAGUAAUAGAUAAUUACUACUUAUAUUUAUAAAUGUAUUUGAUCUAGGUACUUAUAAUUAGUAUUAUAUUGAUUUCAAUAAUUUAAGUAAAAUUAUAUUUAUUCGACCAUUUAAUUUUAGAAAAUGUUGCUAAUUCACAUUAGUGAAUUUAAUUAUUAUAUAGUACAUUUACUGUAUGGAACAUUAAUUGUAAUAGGUGUACAGAUUUUAACUUAUUAAAUACACAAUAUACUAUAGUGUUUAUAUUAUGUUAUACUAGGUUGACCAAAAACCAUGUCACUAUGAUUUUAUAUAGGAGCGGUUGACUCCAGUGGCGUUUCAGGAUUUUUCAAAGGAAACUUGGAAGUAUUAUUUGCAUAUAAAUUAUCUCCUUUCCGUAUAUUAUACCAAAAAUGACACAAAUUAAUUUUUAUCGAUUAUUUAACUGACAAAUUAUUUGUUUCCAAUACUUCUUACAUUGCUGAAUUUGGCAUGAAAAACUAAAUAAUUUUGUUAUAAGGUACUUUUAUCUAGCGGUAAAAUUGUGUACUAUAAUUUAUAAAAUAAAUGAAAACAGAUAAAUAUGAUACAC